AUGCAUGGUAAAUUGGUUGGAAUAUAUCCACUGUAUUUCUUAAUUGGUAGUUUACUGUUCACUGCAAUAUGCUCAUUUGGAUUCCUGAAUUUGACGAUUAAUUUGAAUCUGUAUAAACUAUUUGUACCUGAAGAUGCUCCAGUACGAAGAGAAUUUGAGCGUGCUAAGCUGUAUCGGGAAAUGCCAUCAGGUGUUGACAGCAGUCUGGCGAGGCCGAUGCAUAAGCGGGCAGUCGACUCAGAAAUUAUUCGACACGACAUUCUACGAUACUAUGUGGUGCAUAAAAAUUAUGAAAAUUUGUUGAAGCCAGAAAUUUUAACCAGACUCUUCAACUAUUCGCAGGAAAUUUUUCAUGUGACAACAAAUUAUCGGGGUAAAACAUAUAGUUUUGAUCAGUUUUGCAGCGACGACGGUUCUGACGGUAAAUGUAACAACAAUUUGAACAUUUGGUUAAAACAUGCUGGCGUUUUGUUCAGCGAAAAUGGCAUUAAAACAAAUCCGAAUUUACAGUUAUCAUAUCCAGUAAUGUAUUUGUUUAAUCGACCAAAAGAUAUUGGACAGGUUGUUUAUGGUGUUUCUGUUGCUGGUGAGAAACAUGAAAUUGUUGGAGCAAAAGUUUUAACACUUCACUGGAGCGUUCAUUUUCCAAAUACAGGAGAAAUGAAUGGUGCUUAUCAUAAAUUUCGUGAUGCAGUUAAUGAUUUUUGGAAGUCAAAAACUGAAGAAUGCGGUAUCAACUUUAUUCCACAUAACGAUAGAGCAAUGGACGAUGAAAUGAGGCUGAUCAUUUUAACAGCACUUCCAUUUGCCGUACCCGUUUCCAUAACAUUGAUGGUUUUUGUAAUUAUGUCAAAUUUUUCUACCAAACGAGUCGAGUAUCAAUUCACUUCUCUUUUUUCUGCUACCAUAAAUUUUUUUUUUUUGUCAAAACCUAUGGAAGCUUAUUUGGCUGUUGUUUCAGUGAUUUUAUCGCUGAUCUGUACAUUUGGAAUUGUUUUCACUUUUGGAAUGGCAUUCAAUCCAGUUUCCUGUACAAUGCCAUUCUUGAUAUUAGCAGUCGGUGUUGAUGAUGCAUUUUUGAUGCUCGGUGCUUGGCGUACAACAAAACGAAGCCUUCCGCCGGAAGAACGUAUGGCGUUGACUAUGGCUGAAGCUGGCGUUUCUAUAACUGUUACAUCUGCAACAAACUUCGGCUGUUUUACACUUGGUUAUUUCUUAUGUGCUACACCGGCUGUUGCUUCAUUUUGUCUGCUGACCGCUGUUGGUGUUAUCUUUGAUUACCUUUUUCAAAUAACGUUUUAUUCAUCUAUAAUGAUCUAUGGUGGUCGAAAAGAGGAAACUGGUGGUCUGAUGGGAUGUUGCUACAGAAAUAAGAAAGUUGAUGAUGUAUCAAAAAGUUCCAACUCGAUAAGUGCAGAAAAAAGUCAUGGUAGAUAUUUAACAGCUGUUUUUAGUUCAUUUUUCAGAUUACUUGGCGAAUAUUAUGCACCAUUAAUAUUGCGCGAUAAUGUUAAAAUCUUUUCGCUUUUUCUCUUCAUAGCAUAUUUUUUGCUUGGUGUCUACGGUUGCUCGAGAAUACAAGUUGAUAUUAGUCCAAAAAAGUACAUUCGUGACAAUUCACCUAUGCAAACGUUUAUCCAUCUGGCCGAUAAAUUUAUUUGGGCGGAUAAUGUGAUGCCGACAUUUUACAUAAUGAAACCACCGGAUCUUCGAGACCCUUCUGCUCGCGCUCAAGUCAAUGAAAUAGUCUAUCGGCUGGAGCAUACAAAAUACAGUAUUGGGCGAGUGUCCACCAAUUUUUGGAUGUGGGAAUAUCAACGUUUUCUAAACGAUUAUCCCGGUGUUGAUAUCAAUCGUGAUUUUUACAAAAAAGAGUAUCUCGUAGAUUUCCUGCUUCAACCUGACUAUGCACAGUAUAAAGAAGCUGUUAGAAUUGACCACAACACCUCAAACGGCGAACCUUGUAUAAUUGCCUUCAGAUUCCAAACUAGCUAUUACGGCCUUGAUUCAUGGGACAAGAGACAGGCUGAACUUUUCUAUUGGAGAAGACUUAUAGCCGAAUAUCCGGAAUAUGAUAUGUUCUUGGCUGAUAUUUUUACUCCAUUUUUGAUCGAUCAGCGGAAAAGCAUUGCACCGUCAUCGAUGCAGUCAAUUGGUUCAGCAAUUGCUGUAAUGGCUAUAAUUUCAACAUUCUUUUUGCCGGAUAUGCAAUCUGUAUUCUUUAUGACAUGGAGUUUACUGUCAAUAUCGAUGGGUGUAUGCGCUGGCCUCUCUCUUUGGGGAAGCGAUUUAGAUUCAGUUUCAACGGGUUGUAUAGUUAUGGCUAUCGGUUUGGCAGUAGACUUUUCCGUACACAUCUGUUACCGUUAUCAUCGAUCUGAAAAGCGAACAGCUGAAGAGAAGGUAUACGAUACAUUAACUGUGGUUGCCUGGCCGGUCUUGCAAGCCGGUCUUUCGACGCUUAUCGGACUGUGCACACUGCCGUUGAUUCCAGCCUAUUUGAUACGUGUCUUUUACCAAACUGUUGUGUUGGUCAACGUUAUUGGUUUAACUCAUGCAUUGUUAUGGUUGCCACAACUUAUCUCAUCAUUAGAUUCCUGUGAUCGAGUGCCGCUAAAGUUACGAUACCUUAAUAAGCAAUAG